CUAAUGAAUGUUUCACCUCAUAUCAAACGAAUGAACAAAAGAAAGCCACCAAAGUAUCCUGAAUUAGAAAAUGAAGUUUAUAAGUGGGUACAAGAAUUGCGUUGUAAUCAAAAACCUGUAACUCGUGCCAUGAUCCAAAUUAAGGCAAAAGCAUUAUCUCAAAAACCACCUUACACUACAUAUUAUCCUAGUAUCACUGAAAGUAAAUUUAGUAAUAAAUGGGUUGAUGGUUUUAUGAUUCGUUAUAAAUUAAGUCAUCGAC